AUGCUCUCGCUCUUUGUCAUAUCUGUAGUAACAGACUAUGUAUACAAAGCAGACAAAAAGGCUGAACUUCAGAAAUUGGAACGAGUUGAACAAGAAAGACAAGACCGUGAAGAUGAACUACGCUCCAGGGUUAUGGAAAUGCGUCGCCGUGAAAGAGAAAGACGACACCGUGAAUUGGAAGAAAUGGAACGUGAUCGGUACUCUCAGAAGUAUAGCAAUUCAUCUGACAGUGACAACUGGAGCCAUUCUCGAUCACCACAAUACCACUCAAGACGGUCUCGUUCAUGGUCACCGCGAUGGGGUCCUCCUGGGUGGGGUAGAGCUCGGACUAGCAACCCAUUUCUCUCCUCCAUUCGAGUUAGGGUUGUUCCGUUCGGUGUGGUCCAUCUUUCUCCUGCAAGGACAGGUUCGUCUCAGGUGACCCGCUCCUCCACAGCACCAAAAGUGCCCGACUACACUACAUGUCCAGCAUCUCAGAGGUCUUACUUGCACUGGAGUCACCCUGCCUCUUACUUUUUCACGGGUGACCCAUCGGUGUUUCCCGGACCUUUUUCCUUCUCGGUUAGGGGCACCAGCGUAUUAACUCGCUUUAUCCCCAGUUUACGCUCUCCCUCUGCCGUAUACCACCGAACCUUGUGCCUGAACUCGCCACAAGUCGUGCAUUUGUCGGAGAGUCGCGGGCCCGAUGUCCACCAUACUUGCAAGUCCAACACACCAGCCGGGCGUGGGAUUGUGAAACCUAUAAUGCAGAUCCCAGGCUCUCCUAUUGGUAACUGCCUCAGCUUUCCAGUCCUCUUCCACUUCUUUCGGGUCCCGUAUCUGGAUCUGCUCCCGGUCCUUCCUUUUCAUACCUUGCCCCCACCCCGGAGGUUCCUACCUACACCUCCUCUUAUUCUAUCCCAGAGUCGCUCUGUGUUUUGUUUCUUUUUCCUCCUCCUUUUGCUUCCUUCUCUUUUCCUCCUUAUGUCUAAAAAGACCAAUAUAGUCCGAACACUAGAGUCCUUUCUGGUCUUACUCGGUCCGACUGGACAAAACAAAUGCACCCCCCCCCCUUCAGACGGCCGUGUAAUUCCCACGGGUCUAUCCUUAUCACAGACACCAGUCUAA